CGUAGCAUUCGGGCUAGACUGAUUGAUGAAGUUUACCGUGAAUCAUCAACCUGUGGAAUGUGCCUGGAAAUUUGGCUCCCUUCCAAAUUCCCAUCCUAACAAUUUCAACAAAGUGCACAUGCAGGACAUCCCGAACGUCUUCUAUAUAAACCGGUAAUAUCAUGCUUGCUUCUUCACAUCCAGCUUGCCAAUCACUACUUGAAACAAAGCCAUUGUCGACACAGAGCGCCCUCUCAUCACCGCAAUGGCUUUUGAAAGAAACCUUUUGAUUGUUACCAUACUCAUCACCUUGGGGACCUUGGCAUCUGAAGCCACGUCCCGCACAUUGUACCAAGCUUCCAUUGCUGCAAAACAUGAGCAGUGGAUGAAAAAGCAUGGACGCGUUUACCAGGACAGCGCAGAGAAGGAAAGGCGUUUCCAGAUAUUCAAAAACAAUGUGGAGUUUGUCGAGAAAUUCAACAGUGAAGGGAACAUGACUUACAGCCUAUCCAUCAACCGAUUUUCGGAUAUGACCUAUGACGAAUUCCUCAGGCAUUAUACUGGAUACAAGCAGCCCACUGAAUCAACCUCAUCUGCUGCUGCAUCUUUUACAUACGAAAACCUAAGCCCGGCUGAUGUUCCCCAAAGCAUUGACUGGAGGGAGAAGAGUGCUGUUACUCCAGUAAAAUUUCAAGGGAGCUGUGGUUGUUGCUGGGCAUUUGCCGCAGUGGCAGCAGUCGAAGGGAUUACCCAAAUCAAAACUGGCAAAUUGAUCUCACUGUCUGAGCAACAACUUGUGAACUGUGAUACAGAAAUUAACGAGGGCUGCCAAGGUGGUCGGGCAGUUAAUGCCUUUGCAUACAUUCAACGAAACGGAGGAAUCACCAGUGAAGAAAACUACCCAUACCAGGGUUUAGAUGGCACAUGUGAUAUGAACAAGGCAAAUGAGGCUGCUGCCCACAUAACUGGUUAUGCAGAGGUACCUCCCAACAGUGAAACCGAUCUACUCAAGGCUGUGUCCAUGCAACCAGUCUCCGUUUCCAUCCACGCCUCACCAGCCUUUCAGCAUUAUUCAGGCGGGGUGUUCACCGGUGAUGAUUGUGGGACAAAAUUGAACCACGCUGUUACCAUCAUUGGGUAUGGGACAACUGAAGAUGGCACCCCCUAUUGGUUAAUCAAGAAUUCAUGGUCUGAUACGUGGGGUGAGAAUGGCUACAUGAAGAUUCUUAGAAACGCUGAUGCCCCAGGUGGUGUUUGUGGCCUCGCUAUAAGACCUUGCUAUCCGACUAUGUAAUGUAUUAAUCAAAGGGCGGAGUGAGCUUCUCCACUUUGCCUAUAGGUUAUAAGUACUACAGACAAAACCCAUAGGCUGUGAAAAUGCCCAUAUUUUGUACUUGCAAAAAGUAUGUUCUAUGAAAUUACAUUAUUUUACCUUUAUAUUCAA